AUGUCAGAGGAUUUGCUAAGCAGAAAUAAACUCUCCGGAGAAAUUGUUUUGACAAUGAACUCAGAAGAUAAUUAACUCGAACAUCCCCUAGUAAAGCAGAAUACAUACGGUUAAAACAAGGAAAUUCUACAGACAUAAACUUCAUUUGCAACAAUUAGGGAGAUUAAUGAAUCUCGGAAAAGAUCUUUCCAAAUUAGAGUCUACUUGAUUACGUAUUUGGGUUAUGCUGUGAUUCAUUUUCAAAGAGAAUUUUGGAGUCUCAGCAAAAAAUAUAUCACAAAGGAGUCUAAAGAAUUAACAAAAGAUGUACUCAGUAGAUUCGACACAGCUUAGCUCCUCACUUAUGCUAUCGUCAUGUACAUAGGUGGGAUCCUAGGUGAUUAGUAUAAUCAAAGGAUUGUUCUUACAAUUGCAUAUCUUGUUCUCAGUGUAGCCUAUUUAUUACAAGGUCUGGCUGGAAUUCUAGAUAUAUCUAAUCAGGCAUAUUUCUACUUUGUUUCAAUUUUAAUCGGAGCAUUUAAUUCACUCUUACCUCCUACCUUCAUUGGCAUAAUGGGAAAUUGGUUCCCAAAGAAAAAUAGAGGCUUGAUUGUUGGAUUUUGGGCUACAUGUAAUAAUUUUGGAAACAUCGUGGGCAUCUAAAUUGCUGCUGGACUUAUGAUACUAUUUGAUAACCGAUGGUACUUUUUAAUGGUAACUAUCUCAAUUGUAGUGUUAAUUGCAGCACUGAUUAUAUUCCUUUUCCUUAUACCAGAGCCUGAAAUGGCAGGCAUUUAAAUUGAAGAGUACACUUAAAAGGAAGCUAUCAUUACGUCAUUGAUAACUGAUUAAUCGAUUAGAAAUUCGAUUACAACUGUGUCACCUUUGAAGCUUGAACAAGAUAUUAAAAAAUCCCAAAUCUAUGGAAAUCUAUCUUAGAAUAAUGUCAAAGUUGGCAGAAUAAAUUUUUUCAAAGCUUGGUUACUUCCCAAAGUGUUUUUAUACUCAUUGUCAUUUUUCUGCACAAAAUUAGCAGUAUACUCAUUACUUCUUUGGCUACCAUUAUUCUUAAGUGAAAAUUUAAAUUAUUAGGAUUCUGAAAUUGCCAACCUCUCAACUAUUUUAGAUCUUGGAGCAAUAGUUGGAAGCAUGACUCUAGGUCUGCUAUCUGAUCUAACAUAUGGAAAAAGAUCUCCGAUUGCUAUGCUGGCAGUCAUAAUUUCAAUAACAAUAUCUUAUGUGUUGACUUAUGAAGUAUUAAACAUGGCUACAGCUCUAUUUUUUGUGCUUAUGUUCUUCCUUGGUUUUUUUAUUAGUGGCCUCAAUAAUGUAAUAAAUGCUGCAUGCGCAGCUGAUUUGGGGAAAUAAGAGGCCUUGUAAGGAAAUCAAAAGGCAAUCUCGACAGUGACUGGAAUUAUUGAUGGAAGUGGAACACUUGGGACUGCAGUUGGACAAUUUAUCAUUGGAUUUACUUAGAAAUCUCUUGGUUGGUAAAAUGGCUAUUGGCUUGUGAUUUCAAUCGACAUAUCGCUAACUGUGAUUCCCUUAGUGCUAAUUUGCAUCAAAGAAUUCAACGAAUUAAAACUAAUAAAAGUUGGUGUUGAAAAGCUUAGAAAAUCAAGCAUGGAAAAGUCUUUAAAAUGA